AUGCUACAGUCAGAUGCAGAGGAAGAUCUCUUCCAUACCAAUCAGUCUACCGAUCAAAGAGAUGCCCUUAGUCCAGCACAGCAUUUUGCCAUCAAGGACACUGUAUCCCAGUCUGCACACAGCACUCUGCACGCUGUUCAUACAAAUAGCGCCUUCAGUCCAACACCCUCCGGCGAAACUCUCGCAGCUUCAGACACCUUUGAGUUUGUCAACGAAGUACAAAGCCUUGAGAUCAACAGAGAUGAUAUCCUAGUAUCCUACGAUGUCACCUCUUUAUUCACCAAUGUACCACUGGAUGAAACUAUCCAGAUUUUAGCUGACAAAGCUUUCAGUGAUGACUGGUUCAGCAAGACCCAUGAACUGAACCUAUCAAGAGACCAGCUAAUUGAACUACUCAACGUAGCCACUAAGAAUCAACUAUUUCAGUACAAUGGAAAUCUCUAUGAGCAAACAGAUGGGGUCGCAAUGGGAUCCCCUCUUGAUAUAUUUUUUAAUUUGGAUAUUUUUUCUUUUGUUGCAACAGCAACAACCUCAGCUAUAACCUCGCCUCCUGCCACACAGCCAUCUACAUCUGGAUCCCCAUCUGGACCCCCAACCACACAAUCAUCCAUACAACCAUCCAUAUCUGGAUCCUCAUCUACACUACCAGCCACACAACCAUCCAUAUCUGCAUCCUUGUCCACAGCACCCCCAGCCACACAACCAUCUAUAUCCAUGUUCACAGCAUCACCAUCCAUACAACCAUGCACCCUUGCAUCCCCAUCUACACCCCCAGCCACACUGUUAUCUGCCAAAACAAUCCCAGACACACAAUCAUCUUCAUCAGCCCCUGUAACCCAAGCCAUGCUUCCCUCCACUCCACACUUAUCGCGAGAUCAAAAGACAAACAGACAAGUGGCAAUAUCAUCCAACUCGGAGGAUGAUCAUGCUGAUGAUAUAUUUUUUAAUUUGGAUAUUUUUUCUUUUGUUGCAACAGCAACAACCUCAGCUAUAACCUCGCCUCCUGCCACACAGCCAUCUACAUCUGGAUCCCCAUCUGGACCCCCAACCACACAAUCAUCCAUACAACCAUCCAUAUCUGGAUCCUCAUCUACACUACCAGCCACACAACCAUCCAUAUCUGCAUCCUUGUCCACAGCACCCCCAGCCACACAACCAUCUAUAUCCAUGUUCACAGCAUCACCAUCCAUACAACCAUGCACCCUUGCAUCCCCAUCUACACCCCCAGCCACACUGUUAUCUGCCAAAACAAUCCCAGACACACAAUCAUCUUCAUCAGCCCCUGUAACCCAAGCCAUGCUUCCCUCCACUCCACACUUAUCCAUUUGACUGCACCACAAAGAAAGGGAGCUAAGAGACAAGAUCUGGAACUGUCAUUCUAUAUUUAGAUUAAUAUUCUAUUUACUUUUCUUUCCUGACAGAUGACUACAUGUAUACUUGCAUAAGAAAUGUUUAGGUUUCAAAGACUUCAGACUUUGAAAAGGAUUCAGUGUUUUAGGACUGGUCAUUCUUUAUGGGUGGGGAAGGGACCCUUUCUAAUUUUCAAUUCAAUUUGUUAAGUUUUGUUGGUUUGUUAUGUCCAUCUGAUGAUAAUAUGGCCCAAAAAAAUCUUUAAAAAUGCAUUUUAUUAAUAUUUGAACAUAUGACACUUGAACUUUAAAUAGGUAUCAUAUUUCCCCUCUACAAAUUAAAUUGCUUCAAUGUUUUAGCAUCUACAAGACAAUAUAUUACUGCCAUGGCAAGUGCCAUGGGUGUGACAUUUGGUAUGAUCAAUACACUAUGCCUUUUUUUUGUUCUGUUUUCCUUGUUUUGUUUCUGUUGUAGAUGUUUUUUGCGGGGUUUUUAUUUGACCCAAUUGUAAUGUAGGUUAAUCAAAUUGAAUUUCAACAGAUGACAGGUCAGAUUCUUCGGAUUCAAAUCAGUCAAGCCGUGAUCGUGUGUCAAGCGACGAAUUUUUUUCCAAUUUAUGUAAUCAUUUACACAGGCUUAUCUAGCUUAUUCUAUAAAAAUGAUUGGUUUUGUCUCUUUUGCCCAGGCGAGAUCAAAAGACAAACAGACAAGUGGCAAUAUCAUCCAACUCGGAGGAUGAUCAUGCUGAUGGUGAGCAGUAAGCUUAGAGUGACUAAGUGGACACCUACAGUUAUUGUUCAAGUCAUCAAUAUCAGGUCUUUUUAAUUCAACCUAUUUUAUUAAUUGGCCUAAUAUUUAGUGCAGAUAAUCUUAUAAAUGCGGGUGCAAUUUGAAGGGUGCGUGCAAUUUGAAGGAAUUUUGAAACUUCACUUGAAGUGUAAAUCCUUAAUUGCAUGAGCUUUCAAACAAUUACUCAUUUGUUAUAUGACUGAAUAAAUCGAGAACAGGUGACUGUUACUUUGCACUGCAGAACAAAUUAAAAAUUGACACUACAUAGACCUGCACUAAGCCAAUCACAAUGAUUUAUUCUCUCAAUCAUAUAAUUUUAUAACAGUAAUUGAACAAAUAAAGUUGAGUGCCAAUUGCUUCUAUGUAUACCCAUGAGGGGGGCUGUUUUUAAAGAAAUUAAUUAUGCAUUCUGCAUUGUGUUGAAGUACAGUACCAUAUCAUUAGACCACACCCAGAGAAUAUUUUAGUGAUCCUGUAUUUUGCAGCCACCUGUAUACAGGUCCGACUGUAGUAACAAAUCAUUAACAGAAUUAUCAACUGAAUUUGUACAGAGGACUUAUAUGGUGGCAAACCUACAAUCAGAGGCUUAUGGUUAAGGUAGAAAUUAAGCACACCAAUGAUUAUCACAAAGCACUGUGUUAUUAGUACAUCAUGUGCUUUGAAAACAGAAUAAGACCUACUAUAUUGAUCUUCAGGCUAUCUUUAGGUGUUAUUUUCAAUAAUUGAUUAGUAACACUUCAUCACUUAUAGCACUUACAGGUGAAGCUGAGGCACCAAGUCUUUGCAAGUGUUUUAUUAUUAUUUCAGACUCAGUAUGGUUCUGCAAGAAAAUGUUAGAUAUUGCCUAGAAAGGGUGUCUAUGAAACAUGUACCUUCAUAAUGUAGACAAAGACGUGGCAGACAAUCGUUUCUAUUUAUAUAUGUCGUCAUAGUAUAAU